CGCUUUAUGGAACCAAAAUGGCGCUAUGAAAAUCACGAGCAGUAAACAGCUCACGUUAAAAAUCUGACACGCUUCUUACGACUGAUAAUUUAAAUAAAGAGAUAGUGAUUGUUCUGGUAAAGUGGAUGUAUUAACCUCGUGUUCAUUACUAUUAACCUAUGUUUAGUGAGAUAUGAAGGAAGUGAUAUUAGCUCUUAUAACCUUCGUAUGUAGCGUAUUUUUAGUUUUUGUCUUUGUGUUAUUUUGCUGGUACAUUGUGUGGAAGUGUUGUUUAUCGAAGUUCCGAUUUGUGCGUGAGCUGCUAGGUGGCAUGUCAGAUAGCCCACCAGCAUCUGAGGUCAGGCAGCCAACUAAAUCAAAGAAAACUCGAAAGGAAUAAUAAAAAAAAUAUAACAAAAUGAAUAUUCGGUGUGCGAGGCCUAGUGACCUGAUGAACAUGCAGCACUGCAACCUGCUGUGCCUGCCUGAAAACUAUCAGAUGAAGUACUACUUCUACCACGGCUUGUCAUGGCCACAACUCAGUUAUGUUGCUGAGGACGAGAAGGGACAUAUUGUUGGCUAUGUAUUAGCCAAAAUGGAAGAAGAUGGUGAGGACAACCGCCAUGGUCACAUUACUUCCCUCGCUGUGAAGAGGUCGCACCGACGUCUUGGACUCGCACAGAAGCUUAUGAACCAGGCUUCACUUGCUAUGGUGGAAUGUUUCAAGGCUAAAUACGUAUCCCUACACGUAAGGAAAAGCAACAGAGCAGCGCUCAAUUUGUACACUAACAGUCUUGGUUUCAAGAUACUUGAGAUUGAGCCUAAAUAUUAUGCUGAUGGUGAAGAUGCCUACUCCAUGAUGCGUGACCUUAGCGCUUUUGCUGCAGAAAGCAAGACAGAGCCUCAACCGACAGAAAAUUUGGAAAUUAAAUCGGAAUCUGCAAUUAUAUCACAGUGCUGAUUAUCAUAUAUGUAAAUAAAGCAUUUAACUCUAAUUUUA